AUGAGUCCCAGCAUCAGUACCGAGGCCGACCAGCCUCUCCCUGCCAGCUCCACCGUGGCCCAGAGAAAGCAAGCCAACGAACUGAGAAAGACUCUUAAACCCUUGCUAGAGAAGAGAAGACGAGCUCGUAUCAACGACAGUCUCACUCACCUGAAAAGCCUGAUUCUUCCUCUGGUUGGCAAAGACAACGCACGCUACUCCAAACUGGAGAAAGCUGACAUUCUGGAAAUGACCGUCCGUUUCCUGAGAGACCUCCCUUCCACUCCAGCCAAAGACUCCGCAGACAGUUACAAGGAAGGCUACAAAGCCUGCCUCCAGCGCGUCUCCGCUCUGCUUCCCAAAACCAGUCUGGAUCAGGGAGCGUGUCAGCGGGUCAACCAGUUCGUCCAGCAGUCCAUGUCCGCCACCGUCACCCCGACCUGCCUGAACUGCUGCGCUCAGAGCUCCAGGACUCUCCCUCAGAUCCAACAGAGACUCCUGAGCCUCAAAUACAGCUUCAGCUCCAGAACGGAGAGCCAGUCCCGCAGCAGCGCAGUGGCUCCCAGCCGAGCGCAGUCAGGAGCGCAGUCUGUCGGCGCUGCCAUGUGGAGACCCUGGUAG